AUGGGCACAAAAGCAGAGGUAGGAGGGCAGAAUGCAGGACAAAAGCGCAAUGGCAACUCGACGGAUGCUGGAGGCUGGCGCAAUAAACGACAAAAGACACAACGCGACGCUCGUACUUUGGCCGUACAGACGAGCUCGAAAGCUUUCAAGAAUGGUGAAGUCGAUGUCGGAUCGUUCGUCAAGGCUCGCGAAUAUGAGAUUCGAGCUCUCGAGGAAGGCAUGGCUCGAGCCAGGAAGGGCUUGACACAGCGUGCCUUUCAACAAGUACCCAAGGACUUGAGGCGCAGGACGGCCAGUCACAAUGCUAAGAGGGUGCCCAAAAGACUGCGCCGUCAAGCUGUGCGAGAGAUGGCCGAAGAUAAUACCCCAACCGUCACAUCUCGUCGUCGGAAACCCAGUGGUCACAUGCGCCUUCGUAUGAAUACAGUCAAUCGUCUGCGAACCCUUGGCCGUAAGAACAAACAGUCUCCUGUUCAUGGCAGGUCCCUUACACCCAAGAAGAACAAGAUCGCACUACCUCCUGUGCCAAAGGCAAAGUAUCGAAAACGUCAGAUACACAAAACAUGGUUACCCACACACAUGUUCCACGCAAAACGAGCCCACAUGACACCACCUUCUCAACCCCUCUGGCGUUUCGCCUUGCCUUUGACAUCAACUGUCAAAAGUUAUCGCCCAACUCAUCGUGCGAGUAAAGAUCGUGGAGCUGUUGCUUGGGAUUCAAGUUACAUGUCUUGCAUUUCUGUACAUGGCAACCUACAGAGUAUAGAGUCUCUUCUUCAUGCCCUGAGUGUUGGUUCAUCCGACACCGCAUGGUCUUCAAGAGGUCAAAAGUGGAGACAAGGUUGUCGUAUUUGGCAAGGUUGGCUCUAUGAGCGUGACAUGUACCCAACCCAUCCAAUUGCUCCUGCUACCAUUAUUUGGCGAGCAGAAUCUAAUACUGACGUCAAACAAUCUCGUCAGAUUAUGAUUCGUGUACACCCAUCCGCUUUCGAUCAACUCUGGAAUCAGCUCAUUCUGCUAGCAAAGAUUGCCAAACCUCAAUUGACCAUUGAGGAUUUGCGAUUUGAGAUUGGAAGUCUUGAGAUGGUCGGUCCUGCUUCGGCAGAAGCAUUAACGAGUGCCCUUUGGCCUGUGAAGUCCAGUCAUGGAGAUAUCGGACCUGUCGAAAAGAACUGGCCAAUGUUAGCACCAAUUCAGAGUCCGUCCACUUUGCCUCACAACGCAAUGAUCACCUUCGACAUCUCGGACCCUCGGCUACAUCACCCACCUCAAUCUACCCCUGUCUCUCACGCAACUCAUAGCUCUCAACAACAACUUCUUGAUCUGUUAACAGAAUGGCCAUUCGAUACCACAAAUUCAACAGCAGGAAUCUUCGACCGCAAAAGAAGACAAGCAUCAUGCCGUGCUUUGUCAAGUCAAAAGAAUGUAAAUCGUCGCAAAUCUGCUGCCACACCAGGAACCUAUCCGGAGCCACUACCUCAGGAUCCUCGCAUUCCAAUCAUGGCAUAUCCAUCACCUAUUCAGUUCAGUCCCAAGCAAGGCACCCGAGACCGCGCAUCGUGUUCAUGGGUUGUACUGUUACCAUGGAAAACUGUACCGACUGUUUGGCAGAGCCUAAUGUAUUAUCCUGUCUCAACUGGCGGACAGGUAAGGAUGGGUGGUUUGGACGAGCAACGUCAGGUCACCUUUGAGACCGGAGUGCCUUGGUUCCCUGGCGACUUUCCAGGCACGAAAGCAGGUGACGAUUGGGAAGCUAUGGAGAGUGCCAAAAGAAAGGCACAGUGGGAAGCGAAGCCCAAGGGCAAGAGAAUCGAAUGGGACAGCGUCAAAUUGGGUACUGGCAGGAAUGGAGAGAUUGGCAAUGGCUGGGCCUGCGACUGGGCUUAUCUCUCGGAUGGCAUUGAGAAUAUGGACGAUGACAGCACCACCGCAAGGAUCCAUCACAUUGCUCCAACUCUUGCCCAGAGUCUAAUUGGUGGUCAGACUGCUUCCUUCAAGCACCUUUCUCACGCCAUCUCAACCGUCCGUAUCACACUACUUGGUCGCGGAACACCUGAACCUUGCGCAAGAGUCUAUCGAUUGCCGAGCGAACAUGGUCCAGACAAGGUGUCAUUGAGAGAUCAAUGGCUCGCCCUGGAUCCGAUUCGAGCAAACUCUCGUACGCAAAAGAACAAACGUCAGCGAAGUCUGCCAUCAUCGGUUCUGAGGUCUGAUUCAUCGGCUACUAUGCAGCAGCGACUAGCUGCAGACUUGGCACAGCCUCCUGACUCAGACGAUCGCGACAAUUGUCCAACGAUCCCCGAGAGACAAGACCUUAUUGGUUUCGUCACAAAAGGCGAGUUCAGCUUGACAGAAGGUAGAGGUGUUGCCAUUGGCAGUGUCCUUGUCCAAAAGUUGAUCAGGGACGCCGGUGAUCAAGGAUCAUGCGUGUGCAUUGUCAGAAAUGCUGGAGAAACGAUUGGCAGAUUGGGAAGGUUGCAAUUCGUAUAG